AUAGAUUGUCGUCUCCGUCGAAAGAAGAGGGAACAAGGUUAAGAUUGAAAGCAAGGAGAAGAAAAAAAUAAAAGAAAAUGGGAGGCGCAGAAGAGAAGCAAGCAAACGAGAUGCCAAGGUCUCAACCAAUAACACAGGCCCAGUUCCUCCUCUGGAAACGCCAAAAGGAAGCAGAUUCCUUAGCUAGAAAAGCUGAAGCUGCUAGGAAACGUGAAGAAGAUAUAGCUGCAGGAACAGUACAAAUGAAUGGCCGGGAACUCUUCUUGCACGAACCUUGGGUGUUUGAUAACAAUCAGUAUUGAGGUUUGGUUUUUGUUCAAGAACACAUAAACAUAUACAGACUCAUUCAUGUAAUGCCUGAGAGAAAAGAUUCAUAUAAUGCUCUAUUUCCUGUUGACUUUGCUUUAAAAAAACCUUAUGGUGUAUUGAGAAUGCCCAAUGAUUUUGAUUUUUCUUUUAAUAUCUGCUAAUAGCUGGUAUUAUGAUCUGGUAGUUGUGGUGUAAAGGAAGAACAAUGGGAUGAAUAUAUGACUAGAGUUAUGUUUUGCUCU